AUGCUGCCGGCUCCCUCAGAAGGUAGUUAUUCGCAUCAUGGGCCUCCACUACCAUUGCCCUCGCCACAUGACAGGCCCAGACGAUUGUCAACCAAACAUAAGCCGCCUGCAACUAAGGUCGCAUCUUCCUAUAUACCGAGGCAACAGAAGGUAAAGGUAUCAAGACGGAAGGGCCCGCUUGAUGUUCAGAACAGGAAAAAGGCUUCAAACAUGCGCAAACACAAGUGUGAUGAAGGUCACCCUUGCCAAAGGUGCCUGAAGAGUUUCGAAAACGCAAGGUCUUUCCUUGAACCAUGUUUCCGUGAUCAUAUUCAAGAUACUAGCCUUGUGCGCCGCUGUAAUGGUCGCUGUAACCAGGUGGAAGCCGAUUUUCUGAAGUAUGUCUGGCAGGAGGACGAUGGCAUAUUCAGCAUGGAAAUUAUAUGGUGUUUACCUGGUACAUCUGACCCGAUACCAAUGAAAGAGCCGUUACGGAUCCGCUGCCGAGAAUUCUUCCUGCCCGAAGCCGAUUCCAACAGCAUCAAGUUUGAAUGGGUAAACACAGAUGGCCAACUCAUCAACAUAAAACAGCCCCCAUACGCAAUAUUCGAUACCGCUGCAUUACAAGCCGACGUUGAUGCAUACUUCUGCUCUAACCUGCACUCGAUGGAGCAAUGGAUCUUUCAGCGCAUCUGUCGGGAUGAGCUCGCUUUGCUUACCUAUCGUGAGGCGUGGAGAUUGCGGGAUAACGGCUUGCUCGGAAACAACAUUCUCGAUCUCACGCUCAGGCUACAAUGUUUAUCGAUUAUGUCGCAGGGCUAUGGGACUGUUUGCUCUAGUAACAUUCCAGGCAUAUCAGAGAUUGAUUUCAAAGCAUUGGGACACAGCGAGUACGAAGCAUACGAUCGAGAUUCACGACAUCGGCCGUUGCCUGCUGCCAUCAACCACCAAAUGGAUGUUGCAUUUGUCAAGAUCCUGAGACGCCUGGAAAAGGAAUGUCAUAAAGUUUUGACUCAAAGAGUCUUCAAACCAAAAAUCAAACCUUGGUACGAAUUAUUCUUGACCUUCUUCGUCUUGUAUUGGAAUCUCGAAUACAUACAUCAAGGGGCAGACAAAUACAUACGUUCGAAAAGUGGGACCAGCACACAAAUCCAUGUCAGCAGUGUCGUCAAGCAACAAAUAAAGAAGUGGGACGACACAUUCGACAUUAUUCUGAGGUAUUGGCGAACAUUGUUGCGCACUUUCGUGCCAUUCAAAGUUGCCCGUGAGAAUCCCGAAGAUCUUCGUACCAAGGGUCAUCUACCAGACAUUGAGUCCUUCAAUUACAUGAUGCAAGUAGUGGCGAUCUUUGAUCGACAAGGGGUUGACCGGCAUGCACCUCCUCUCACGGGUACAUCAAGUUCUCAAUUCUCAACGAACAGCAAAUGGAUCACCGCGUUAUUCAAGGAAGGGGGAGCUUGA